UUAUCCAAAAGUGCGCGCCAUAACCUCAAAAGUUUGCUGUGUUUUUGUUUGUGGUGCUCGAGUGCUCCUGAAAAUCCUGGAAAUUUGGAAAAAUAUAUUAAAAUACAUUUAAAUAAAAAGAAAAAUUGUUUAAUGGUCAAACAAUUGAUCAAAAAUGUUUACCCAAAAAGAGUGGCAUCAGCUUUUUAGCGCUGUAAAGGAGAAUGAACAAUCAUGCAUUUUAAAAGCCAUGUUAAACAGCCGCAAAGAUGCGGAUGUUGAAAAAAUGUCUGUGGAAGGUUUAAGUAAAAUUACGGAGAGUUUUAUAAAGCCAGAUGAUCUUCACGACAUCCCUGGAAUGAUACCUCCAGAAGAAACAAUUACCAAUGAAGCAUUACAAGCUCUUUUUGAAGAGGAAGAUGAUAUCAGUGAAUCUGCAAAACCGUCGGGUAUUACUAAAGAUGUUUCAGAUUCAGUUAAAUCACAAGAGUCCUCUUCUUCAAUUUUUCCCAAAAAUCCUUCAAAACCCACAACUCCACAAAGUAGUCAAGAACUCGACUUCGAUUUCGGCCAAUUGGAGGAAAUUUUCUCCCAAAAGUCUGAAAAUGAAGAACCUUUCGAAAAAAGAAUGGGAUACAGUAGUUCUUACGAGGAAAGUAAUCCUGAGCCUCCACUGCGAAUGGAGAGCCCAAAGAGAAUUCUGCCUCAAAAAUCAUGGGAAACGAACAAAACUUCAUGGAUGAAGAAAAAUUUUUCACAGGCAAACGAAAGAGCUCCCUACAGAGAACCAUUUUUGCGAACUAAUUCACCCAAUGAAUAUGAAAGGAAAGAAGAGCCUAAAAAACCAAAAACUGAUUUCAUAACAGCUCGCAAGGAGCUUCAAGUUCAGAAUCUCAUAAAUUACGGGAAAGAUUGUCGUUCAAGUGUGUCUGGAGGAGGGAGAAGAGUUGGAUUGAGAAAGCCAGUGGCUCCGAAAAAUGAUUUCCCUGAAGAAUUGCCUAAGAAAAAAGAUAAAACGUCUGAUGAUGAACUUUGUGACCAGCUGAGUCACAUUGAUCCCAAAAUUAUUGAAAUGAUCAGAAACGAAAUAAUGAUGAAGGUUCCUGUGAUCGAUUGGAAGGAUAUUAUUGGGUUGACAUACGCAAAGAGCGUCAUUCAAGAAGCUAUAGUCAUGCCAAUGCUUCGUCCAGAUAUUUUCACUGGCCUCAGAAGGCCCCCAAGAGGAAUCCUUUUGUUUGGUCCUCCUGGUACGGGAAAAACCCUUAUUGGGAAAUGCAUAGCUUCUCGUGCAAAUGCUACAUUCUUCAACAUUAGUGCUUCUACUCUCACAUCGAAAUACAUAGGAGAAGGGGAGAAAAUGGUCAGAGGACUCUUCGCGGUAGCAUCAGCUCAACAGCCUUCGGUAAUCUUCAUCGACGAAAUUGAUUCCUUGCUCUGCCAAAGAUCAGAAAGUGAGCAUGAAAGCUCUCGUAGAUUGAAGACAGAAUUUCUGAUUCACUUGGACGGAGCUGCAACAAAUGAAAAUGAACUUGUGCUAGUUGUUGGAGCAACAAAUCGACCUCAGGAGCUGGAUGAGGCAGUAAGGAGGCGAUUUGUAAAGCGCCUCUACAUUCCACUUCCAAUUCUCGAAGCCAGAUUGGAAAUGGUAAGAUCUCUGUUUUCCAAGGUGGCGAACAAUCUAUCGGCAGACGAUAUGGUAUCAAUAAGUAAAUUGACUGAUGGGUUUUCGGGAGCUGAUAUGAAGAGUUUGUGCCAGGAAGCAUCAAUGGGACCAAUACGAUCAAUCCCUAUCGAAAAAUUCCAUGAUUUCUCCAAUUCCGAUUUACGACCAGUUAAUUUUAAGGACUUCCAAACUGCAAUGCAAUGUGUUAGAGCGAGUGUUUCUCCAGAAGAUAUUGAAAACUACCUCAAAUGGGAUAAGGUUUAUGGAUCUGGUGGUCGGACUACAUGAAACUAUUGAAAUUAUAUAAAAUUAGUUGCUAAUAAAAAUAAAUUUGUAAAAAAAAA